GCUCGUGGAAGCCGAUAUACGGAACGGGAGAUCGAGGGUAUGUCGUCUAUCCACGCUGCAUCUCUUCAGCGUCCUGGCGGUGGUCCAGUUGCCAAAGCCUUGCAUCAAUGUAAGACCGGAUACAUCGAUAAGCUUUUCCUAGUUGCUACGGGAAAAGUUCGCACGGUACUACAUCGAUUUGCUUUCUCCUUCGUCACAGUGGCAGACAUUAGGCGAUAAACAUGAGAACUCUUCGCUAAUUCAUGAGGCUUCUUGCGGUUCAAUAAUACGCAACUUACGCACAAAAUUCAGGGCAGUAUCAUCAUGAAAGAACUUGCUAUAUUAAGCGAAGCCUGAAUUUCGUAAAUUCAAUACUUCGCUGCCAUUUAGCAAAAGCAACGAAGUCAUAACAUCUUAAACACAUCGCACAGACUGGGGAGCUGUUAGCGAUGGCGACGAGCAACG